AUGGCUGCUACACCCUUUGACAUCCCCACGCCGGGCAGCGCAUACGCUUUCGAUAUCUACAAUGACGCCCACGCGCUGCGGGCGCCAGGGCCGGCGCUUCCGGGCGGGCCUUGCAACUACACAGACCCGACCCUCCCGCGCUGUGGCUGCCGCCGGUUCUGGAGUCGCGCAUCCCUCAGCGGUGGUGUUUUCCAGGAGAAUGGCGCGCUCGCUGAGCUUUGCAUGUGUUCGCACCAUGCGUGCUUCCACGAGGACACCCAGCCCGGACAGACACAACCAUCGGCCGCGGUUAACGCCCCAGGACAGGAAAACCAAAAGCCCGUGACUCACCGGGCGCCAUUGAGCCCGGUCCAGCUUCCCUCGUUCCAUGUGCCGGGGAGCCGGUCGUCGCUGGAUUUCACCCUGCUGGACUUUCAGACCUCCAUGUCUGCCCCACGGAUGGAGGCCGUCAACCCUGCCCCAGCUGCGGAUUCCCACCCCGGACAGGACAGCCCAAUGCCGGAUACGUUUAAUAACUGGGGAGACCUGGCUCGAUCCCAAGCCGGACUUGCCAAUGGACUGCCGCCGUUUCCUUCCCAAUGCCUAAUGUCGCCGCCGCCGCCACCAUCGACCGUAGCGUCGAGUCAAGCAAGGUAUCUCCGUCCGUUUGCUGGGCGCGGGCUACAUACACUAAGUGGUGUCCCUGUCCCAAGGCCAGAGUCGCGCCAGCUGGAACAUAUUAAUCCGGACGACGAUGCUGAGCCAGGACAGGAUGCAGGACCUGAUGCAACAGAUUCCGCUUCCACUCCCAAGGCACUGCCAUCACAGGACCGUUCGGUAGCAGGACCCGAUGGUGGUUACCAAAAGCUUUCAGACAAGGUCGACACACACGAACAGCGGCUCGACAGGCUCGAAACCAACUCCUUCUCCAUUGCUGGCCACGAGGACUGCCACGACAGGCACGAAAACGUCGAUCUUCGCGUCACCGAACUCGAAUCACGGGUCGACGAGGUAGAAAAGAUCCUCAACGACAACGGCAGCGUUGUGAGCAGCAGGCGGACGGCCAAGCAGGACGGCGGCGCCGACGACGCAACGGCCAGCGUCGUCUCCGUCUCGACCAACGCCACCGUGCUCGCCUCGAACCGCGUAGAGGUGUACAGCCAGUUGCAGCAGCUCCAAGCGCAGGUCAGCCAGCUCCAGGCAGCAGCGAUGCCGUCAUACGCAAAGCCCUGGGCGCUCGAGGUCGUGUUCCUGCCGUUCCCGCUCAAGGGCGUCUGGCUCACCUCGAAGGAGUUUACCAACCAGCGCCGGUCCAUAGGUUCCAAUUUUGAGGGCUGGACACAGAUGCCUAAUACCAUCAGCCGAGCGACGCCAGAUCCGCAGUCACCCAAGUUCCAGGAAUGGGCUGGACAGGGGCCCGAGUCAAAUUGGCUUUUGCCGAGGGCGUUCGCUGCGGGGCGGGUCGUUGAGCAGAGGUUGAAGAGCCGGGGUUUGAUUAAGACGGUUCAUGUUCGGGGAGCAGACGCCCGGAGUGUCCAGCUCGCGAUCCACGAUGCCUUUCAAGACGUUCUGCGCAUCUCGACCAGCUCGGACGCGCGGUCAGGAUUCGCGCCUGAUUAUCCCUUGGCUGAGUACCUCGGCCUGCGGCAGGCUUGGGUGCCCCUGCGCAAGCUCCACAAAGACUCACGGCUGCGGUUUCUCUCGCCUGCUGAGAUGGCGACGCCGGCGCUCUGGGACUUCACGUUUCUCGUGUCUAGCGUGGUCAUGAAGGCUACCGGAGUUCAGCGCCUCUACAUCACCCAGCCCGAGGCAUACCUCCAGGACCACCCUCUCGGGCACCACGCCCUUGAAACAGGCUGGACUUGGCAAAAGCUGCGCCAGCUGAGCAGGGUCUACCCCGACUCGCAGAGCAGUGCAGAUGUGCCCGAGGCUGACGCCCUUGAGGAGUGCUGGAACUGGAACGACCGGCUCGACGAGUCGCCGAGCGUGGCUGCUUCGUCCGUGAGCCUCCGCCAGUCGAUCCAUCAACGUGCCUCGCGCCGCUCAUCGACCGAGCCUUCCGGCCAGUUCUACACCGGCGUACAGUCCCCCAUUGUCUCCAUUGGUGGCCCCGGACCCAGCCGCUCCCGCGCGCCAUCCCCACUCAUCCAGCGCGAGCGCAAGGGCUCCCUCCCACCACACCUCCGCACCGGCUCCCUCCCACCCACGCAUCCGGCCCUUCUCUCGCCCGCCCAAUCCCGCCGCCGCCCCUCCCACGCCGCCGCCAGCGCAACGCCCUACGAGCGUCGCUCGUCUCCCUUCGUGCACCGCGCCAGCCCCCGCCCCAGUCCCCGGCUAGGCAGCAGCAGCGCCGCCCUCCACAACCACCCCCACGGCAUCGCCAUCCCGUCCGCGGGCGCCGUCCCCAAGCGCCGCUUCACACGCUCCCCGAGCCUAGUGCCGCGCAACACCCCGCGCUGGAGCCGGACCAGCAUGAGCCGCUCGCCCUCGCUCGCGCCGGGGGGCAUCUACGGAUACCAGGAGGAGCGGGAGCGCGAGAACAGGGAGCGCCGCACGACCACGCCGUUUUAUUACGCCACGCCGCACAGCGAAGCCGUUCCCGACUUUGGCUACCAGCGUGGGGUAAGCCGCGGGCCGGUUCCGCCUGCUGUCGGUGGGAAUCAUGGCUUGCGCAUGGGCGGGUAUGAUGAUGAGCUUGGGGAUGCGGAGUACGGGGACGAGGAGAUGGAUGAUUUCACGACCGGGAGCGAGACGGGCACCGGUGACGACGAUGAAGAAGCAGGCGAUAGCGAGAUGACCGACCACCACCACCCCCACCAUCCCAACCAACGCGGAUAUUACCAGAGCACCCACCACGGGGGUAGCAGCGCCCGACGGCAAAUCGGAACAGGGUCCUUCGGGUUCGGCACAGACGGCGACGAAGCCGACCUCGACAUCGACGUGUACCAAGACGAGGACGAGGACGAGCUCGACGGCGUGGACACGGACGCGGGCAACAUCACCGACCACCAUAACAACAACCCCCACAAAAAGCAACAACAACAACCGCUUCGUCCAGAAGACAUCCCCUGGGCCGGCAUCGAAGACGCCAUCGCCAACGGCGCCGACCCCGACGGCGACAGCAACAUGUCUGACGGCGAAAACAUCGACCCCACCACCGCCUCCUCCCAGUCCCAGUCCCAGUCCUUCACCACAGAAUCCCAGUCCCAAUCCCAGCUGGGCCAACAUCACCAACAAGACGAUGACGAAGCGGUGCACAUUGCCAUCCACGAAGAUGAGGACCAUGACCACCUGCUGCUGGACAUGGAGGAGAUCCGGGGUCUGGGUCGGGGUCAGGGCCAGGGGGAAAACCAGGGAGAAGGGGAAGGGGAAGAAGAUGAUGGCGAGGCGAGCAGCCAGGCGCCGAGCGAGUACUCGAGCAAGCCGAGCGCGUGGCAGCUUAUUGCGCCGCCGCAGCCGGUGAUGCCGGUAUCGGUGGUGGGUGUGUCGGGGGAGGGUGGGCAGAAAGGGGUAGGGGUAGGGUUGGUUGGUGGGGGUGUUGGGCAGCAGAAUGCGGUGAUGGGGUUUAAAAUCCAUGAGGAUGGGACUGCGGGCCCGGGCGUGUCCGCGGGGGAGGGGGGGGAGGAGUUGCUGGAUACGCAGUGGGGAUGA